AUGAGUGAUUAUGAUGGAAACUUUAUGGAUGAUCUGUCUCCACUAUCCAGUCCUAACAUAAGAGGGCUAAUAGCAAUGCUGGAUCAAAACAACAAUGAUCGAAAUCCGAUAAGCGAGACCUUUCCUGAAACCAACUUAUCAACUAAUCCUCAGUCUGAGCAAAGAUCUGGUUGUCUCCGCGAGAGUUUGGCUGCAAGACGAGGUUUUGAUAUUCCACCACUCGAGAUAGGGAGCAUCAGUCCAUUUGCUAAUUCUUUCAGGAACCCAAUUCUUGUUCCUUCUCCUAUCCUCGUAAUAUCUCCAGGAUUCCAUAGUCCAUUGUUGCAAUCACCAAAUAUAUUCUCUAACUCUUCUUCACAGAUUAUUCCUCCGUGUCCAAUCCCUAAUGGCGCGCCUCCGGAGAUGGUGCAAAUUUCAAGUGCCGGCGAUCAAACAAUGAUUAUACCCAACAACAAUCAUCCUCAAGGAGGCUCUGAUGAUAUUCCUACGGAAGAGUCUUUUUAUAUCACAUCUCAUGAUUCUAAUGCUUGUCCCAUUGGUGCUCCUUUAAUCCCCUCUUCUUAUUCUGAAGUUGUUGUUGAAACCGAUGUUAUGAACCACAUAUCCCUUGAAAAUGGUGGUGAAGAAGAUGAUAUGGACAGAGAAUAUAACCAUGAGAAAGACAAAGUCGAAGAUCACAACGUUGUUGUUGAACCUUCAUCCCGAAAGAAAAGAAAAAUGGUGGUAUCAAACAUGAUGGGAGUCACAAGACAAAACGGUACCGACAUGGUCAUAAUUCAGGUGGAAAGUGAAGAAGACCAUCCCGACGAUGGUUUUCGCUGGAGAAAAUAUGGUCAAAAAGUUGUCACAGGGAAUGCAAAUCCAAGGAGUUACUACAGAUGCACAUACACUGGGUGUAAGGUGACGAAACAUGUGGAGAGAAGCGCAGCUAGUAUGAUGUUAGUGGUAGCUACAUACGAUGGGAUACAUGAGCACGCUCCACCACCUGAACGCAUAAAAAAAUCUGGAACAAAGAAUCAAUCUGGUUCAUCAAUGUCUCAAGAUCCUAGCAAUCAAACCCUCGGAUUGGGCAGGCCACAUUAUUCCUCUUCGGCCUCUCAGCUUUUCCCUUCUGCCUUGGCCCCACAACUGGAUAUGACACAGUUCCAUUUAUCUGGACUCUCUAAGCUGCCAAGUUUACCAGUUAACAAGAAUCAUGAACGGAAGAUUGGUCAUGUGAUACCCGACGGUACAGAGGUAUUCAAGGUGAUAUGGGAGCAACUAUUUGGUUAG